AUGGCUAACAAUUAUCCGUAUGCAAAGGGAACGAACAGAAUUCUGAUGUUCGGUCCCCAAGCACUAUCUUUCGACACUGAAGAUUUGAAGCAACUUAGGUCGACAAUCACAAGCGAGCAAGAGAAUUCAUGGAUUCUCAAUGUGAUCACAGAACUCUCUGUGUAUUGGGAGAAAUUUGAAUUUAAUUUUCCAAAACUGAGAGUCGUUCCGGGAUGGAAGUCGUUGAAAGACUUGGACGAUGCCUUGAGGACUGGUGACUUCACCCAUUUACCCACAAGUUUGCCAAACAUCUUACUUAGCCCCUUGGUGGUGCUUACUCAAUUGAUACAGUAUACGAAGUAUCUGAAAAUCAAAAAUUGCGAGGAAGUACAACAAGAUAUUUAUACCAUUGAUAAUCCGAACGCAGAGACAAUUGGUUAUUGUAUGGGGAUGUUGACCGCCAUGACGAUCUCCAGUACUACUGGAGUUACCGAGUUUCAGAGAUACGGUGCAGUAGCAAUGCGCUUAGCAGUCUUAAUAUCCGGCUUGGUUGACGCGCAAGAAAUUUCAAAUGAGCAAAAGGGAUCUAGGGCACUCGCCACAGUUUGGACUUCGCAAGAAUCAAAGAUGGAGUUGGAAAAGAUAUUGCAGGACUUUCCAGAGGCAUACAUCUCAGUGCUACACGACGAGAAUCGCGCAACGGUAACAUCUGCUACGAACAAGAUAGCUGCAUUGCAGCAACGAAUCAGAGCAGCUGGCAUCAUUGCAACAGAAAUCAGCCUUGAAGGACGUUUCCAUUGUCCAUGCUACAACGAUGACAUUGAUGCUCUCACUGACUUCUGCGAUGCUGAUCCUGGGCUGCACUUUGUGGAAGUGUCGAAACUAGCAAUACCAAUGUGGUCAAAUUCGGGAGACUUGAUUUCGCGAGGAAAACUUCACCACGUAGCAUUGAAGUCAAUCUUAGUGGAGCAGUCGACUUGGUAUUCGGCGUUUGGUGCUGUCAAUUCAUCGCGGCUGGGCGAAAAGGACUCUGUUGUAGUCUGCUUUGGUUCUGAGAAAUGUGUUCCCCCCUCACUGUUGCGUACCAUUGGUUCGCAGAUAGUCUAUAUGAACAACAUCGACGAGAAAGACUACGCUCGGUUGACCAAUAAUACAAGGGGGCACAAAAUACAUCCUAAGAUCCAUCCAGCAUGCCUUGAGAAUGAUAUAGCUGUGGUGGGUAUGUCAGUCAAAGUUGCUGGCGCAGACGACUUGGAAGAAUUUUGGAAGAUAUUGUGUGAAGGGAAGUCUCAGCACGUUGAGGUUCCUAAAGAACGAUUCGGAUUUGAGACUCAAUGGCGGGAUGUCGACCCUAAAAGGAAGUGGUUUGGUAAUUUUGUCAGAGACCACGACGCAUUCGACCACAAGUUCUUCAAGAAGACGCCACGAGAAGCGAUUUCGCUAGAUCCGCAGCAAAGACUAAUCUUACAAGCUGCUUACCAAGCAGUAGAGCAGUCGGGUUAUUUCAACAAAAAGAAUGUCGACACCCAUGUCGGAUGUUAUCUUGGGGUAUGUAGUGUUGAUUAUGAGAACAACAUUGCCUGCCAUCCAGCAAAUGCGUUUUCAGCAACAGGCACUUUGAGAAGCUUUAUCGCCGGAAAAGUCAGUCACUAUUUCGGUUGGACUGGACCAGGAUUGACUAUUGAUACAGCUUGUUCCGCAUCCGCGGUUGCUAUCCAUCAGGCUUGUCGAGCGAUUUUAAGCGGCGAAUGUACAUCGGCACUUGCUGGAGGCACCAUGAUAAUGACUAGUCCUCUGCUCUUUCAAAAUUUAGCAGGUGCUAGCUUUCUCAGUCCAACAGGAGCAUGCAAGCCAUUCGAUGCCAAAGCCGACGGAUAUUGUCGUGGAGAAGGUAUUGCGACGGUCUUUCUGAAGAAAAUGUCCCAAGCUAUUGCCGACGGAGACAUCAUCCAUGGUUGUAUUGCUGCUACCGCAGUCCAACAGAACGAAAAUUGCACGCCAAUUUUUGUUCCAAACGCGCCCUCCCUUUCAAAGCUAUUCCAAAACGUAACCGACAAGGCUGGGCUCAAGCCACAGCAGAUUUCUUUGAUCGAAGCGCAUGGAACCGGCACCGUCGUGGGCGACCCUGCGGAGUAUGAGAGUAUCAAGAGGGUUUUCGGAGGUCCAUCGACGCGCUCCCAGGCGUUGCCUAUCGGUUCAGUGAAGGGUCUUAUAGGACAUACGGAAUCUGUCUCGGGCGUCAUCGCGCUCAUCAAGAUCCUCCUUAUGAUUCAAGAGGCUGUAAUCCCUCCACAGGCUAGUUUUGAGUCUUUGAAUCCGCAUAUCAAAGCAUUGCCAUCGGAUAUGAUGGAAGUUGUGACAAGACUGAAGCCAUGGAACGCUGACUUCCGAGCUGCUCUUAUAAAUAACUACGGAGCAUCCGGUUCAAAUGCCUCGCUUGUGGUUACUCAGCCACGAAAGCACGAAGCAGCGGGUGCGUCGUCAAUCCAAACCGCUAAGAUGAAACAUCCCAUUUGGCUGGCGGGACUUGAUGAGAGAAGUCUGAGAGAAUAUGCAGGUAGGCUUCGACGGUUCAUUCGCGCAAAGGUCGUUUCUGCCAAACACAUUACUUUGGCUAAUGUAGUCUUCAAUAUUUCCCGGCAAUCUAACCGUUCCUUGAACAAGAGCUUGAUCUUUAGUUGCAGCUCACUCGAAGAGUUGGAAGAGCAUUUGUCGGCAGCCUCCGAUGCACAGAGCAAAGUCGCCAUAAUCACCAAAAAACCAGCGCGACCAGUGAUUCUCUGCUUUGGUGGGCAGAUCUCAACAUUCAUCGGCUUAGACCAGAAUGUGUACGACAACGUAGCCAUUUUGCGAAAGCAUCUGGAUACCUGUAAUUCGAUAUUGAUGAAAAAUGGCCGUAAAUCGUUAUACCCAGACAUUUUUCUGCGAGAACCGACUCAAGAUACAGUCAAGCUCCAAACAAUGCUGUUUGCACUUCAGUAUUCCAUCGCAAAGACCUGGCUAGAUUGCGGUGUUGAGGUAGCAGCUAUCGUUGGACACAGUUUUGGAGAGCUGACCGGUUUGUGUAUCUCCGGUAUGCUUUCAUUGGAGAGUACAAUCAAGGCGGUUGCGGCUCGAGCGAAAUUGGUAAAGGAGUUGUGGGGCACCGACAGUGGAUCAAUGAUGGCUGUGGAGGCUGAUUUCGACGACGUCCAAAAGCUUCUGGCCGAAGAAGCAAAUAAGAGUGAGAUGGUGCAUCCAGCAACGAUUGCAUGCUUCAAUGGACCACGAAGUUUUACGCUGGCCGGCUCGACUAAAGUUAUCGGAUCAUUGCUAGACGUCGUGGCAACAAAAUCAACUUACUCCUUGAUGAAAAGCAAGAAGCUCAACGUGACAAAUGCCUUCCACUCUAGUCUAGUGGAUCCGCUCGUCGCUGGAUUGGAGAAUCUGGGACGCGGACUGAACUUUGGUGACGCGAGGAUCCGAUUUGAGAGGGCUACCGAGUUCGAGUCAGACAGACCAUCUUCCACAUUCUUCGCAGAACACAUGAGAAAGCCCGUCUAUUUCAAUAACGCCAUACAGAGACUUUCGAAGGCUCACCCAUCCGCCAUUUGGCUUGAAGCAGGAUCGAAUUCGACUAUCACAAUGAUUGCUAGCCGGGCUCUUGGUUCGCCAAUUCACUCUCACUUCCAGCCGGUCAAUAUUACCAGUGACAAAGGCUUGCAGAAUCUCGCCGAGAUGAACGUCGCCCUCUGGAAGGAAGGAUCGGAUGCGCAAUUCUGGCCGCAUCAUAACUCGCAGACUUAUGAGUAUUCUCCAUUAAUACUACCGCCAUACCAAUUUGAAAAAUCGAGACACUGGCUUGAUCUCAAAAAGCCAUUAGCAGCAGUAGCCGAACCAGUAGUUCAACCAGAAAAGCAAGAUCAAGAUAUUCCGACCGGUCUCUAUUCUUUUGUUGGUUACCAGGACAGCAAACAGCGGUCAGCAAGAUUCAGAAUCAAUACAAUGAUCAAGCAGUACGAGCAACUUGUGUCAGGUCACCUACUUGCCGAGACUGCUCCGAUCUGCCCAGCAACCGUAGAAGUUGACAUGGCUAUUGAAGCAAUUCUCAGCCUCCAUCCGACUUUCUUGGAAGCAAAAUUCCAAAUUCAAAUAAAAAAUGUUGACAACAAAGCGCCAAUUUGCGUGGAUCCCUCGCGAAGCGUCUGGCUUGACGUUGUAGCGCUUGACUCGAAGUACCACAAAUGGGACUGGGAGAUCACGAGCACAGGUACAAAAAGCGCGGGAAGUACAGAACAUGUCUCGGGACAUAUUCUGUUCACGGCUGGAAACGACCCAGAAAUUAUCGCAGACUUUGCAAAGUAUGAACGUCUUUUUGAGCACCAGCGAUGCUUGAAUGUUCUCGAGGACGCAGACGCAGAUGAUAUAAUACAGGGUCGAAACAUCUACAAGACGUUCGCACCAGUCGUAGACUACGGAGAUCAAUAUCGUGGUCUCCAGAAAUUGGUCGGCCGGGGUAACAUGUCCGCUGGCCGAGUGCUGAAGAAAUAUUCUGGCGAGACAUGGCUAGACGCAUACCUGUCGGACUGUUUCUGCCAGGUCGGCGGCAUAUGGGUCAAUUGCAUGACCAAUUUAUCUUCCAAGGAUAUGUACAUUGCAAACAAGAUUGAACACUGGAUUCGGGCGCCGAAGCUUGGGGUCCAAGAUUUGAGGCCGGAGGUAUGGGAUGUGUUUGCCUACCAUCACCAGCCGUCAGACAAAGCUUUCGUGACCGACAUCUUUGUCUUUGAUUCGACGAAUGGUGCUCUCAUGGAGAUAAUUCUCGGUAUCAAUUACGCGAAAGUCAGCAAGCAGUCGAUGAGUAAAAUGCUUCGUAGACUUAGUCCGGGAAUCGUUUCAUCACAACAAGCAAUCACAACAAUCCACACCACUGCAGGUGACGGUUUGGCUGCGUCGCCAAAGUCCGUUCCCAAAAAGAUGUCCGAGUCUCCUAAGAAGGCUAAGACUAAGAAGCAGGCAACAAAGACCCAGGUUCCUAACAUUUCUAACGAUAUCCGAGCAAUGCUCGCGGAGCUAGUUGGCCUGGAGGCAGGAGACAUCGAGAAGGAUACCAAUCUACCUGACAUCGGAAUCGACUCGCUCAUGGGCAUGGAAUUGGCUCAUGAAAUUGAAGGAAGAUUUAAAUGCUUGUUACCUGCAGAAGACCUAGUCGAGGUAACAACAAUGCAAGAUUUGGUGAAGUGCGUUUUAGGCGCAUUAGCCUCCACGCAAAACGACGAGAAUGCCAAAUCUAGUGCCGAGGACGAGAUAGAUGAAAGUGAAGACUCAAGUAGCGACAACAGCGAUGGCGAGUCAACCCGGGAGCAAAGUAUAGAUACCCCAUCGGAAGCCACCACUUUCUCGGUUCAGGGAAAAGUAGAUCUUGUCGGAUAUUUGGCAGAAUUUCUUGGGCUAGACAAGAACGAAGUAGAUUACAACACGGUGCUUAGAGACCUUGGCGUUGACUCAUUACUCUCUACAGAGCUCCGGGCUGACAUAGCGGCCAACUUUCAACUUGUGAUUCCAGAGGAAACCGAGAUUGAAGAGUUAACUCCAAGGGACCUAGAGGGUAUGGUGAAUGGAGGUGGGCCUGAAGCGGCAGAAAUUGGCAGCCUGUCUUCAAAAGAGAAACACAAGGCAGGGAAAAAGACCACUCAAGAGAGCGCCAUCGUCGAAGCGGGCAACGGAAGCGGACUUGAAAUUCCACCAGCGACAAUCUUAGCAGCAUUUGAAGAAACAAAGAAGCUCACGGACCAAUUCAUCGCGAAAGCCAAUUUCGUCGAUUAUCUGGACAUUGUCAAUCCUAAGCAGACUCAGAUGUGUGUUGCUCUCAUAGUUGAGGCAUUCGAACAGCUCGGUUGUUCCUUGCGCGACGUAGAAGCAGGCCAAAACAUCCCACGGGUUGAGCACAUACCACAGCAUGGUCGCCUGGUCGAAUACCUCUACAUGGUACUGGAGAAGGAGGCUCGGUUGCUUGAUAUCGAAAACGGGCAAAUAACGCGCACUGCGCUCCCCAUUGCCUCCAAAUCUAGCAAGGAGCUUUUGGAAACUCUGUUGAACACGCACCAAGAGCAUAUUGUCGCCAACAAAUUAGCAUACUUUACUGGUACCAAGCUAGCAGACGUGUUGACGGGAAAGACUGACGGCGUGAAAGUCAUAUUCGGGGACGCCGAAGGGAGAGAGCUUGUGACCGGGCUUUACGGUGAUUGGCCUCUCAACAAAACGUACUACGAGCAGAUGGGAGAGUUUAUCAAACAACUAGCGUCAAAAUUGCCUUCAGACGCAGGUCCGCUGAAGAUUCUAGAGAUGGGUGCAGGAACCGGAGGAACGACCAAAGUGUUGAUACCGAUAUUGGGUAAGCUCGAUAUUCCGAUCGAAUACACCUUCACAGAUCUUUCGAUGUCAUUCGUCGCCGCCGCGCGCAAGAAGUUCAAGCAGUAUCCAUUCAUGAAAUUUCGGAGCCAUGAUAUUGAGCAGGCUCCAGCGGACGACUUGCUCGGGACUCAGCAUAUCAUUAUUGCCAGCAACGCCGUGCAUGCCACACACAGCCUGACACAAUCAACAAAGAACAUCCAUAAAGCAUUACGACCGGAUGGGUUUCUGAUGAUGCUUGAAAUGACCUCGACUGUAGUCUGGAUCGAUAUCAUCUUUGGGCUCUUGGAGGGAUGGUGGCUCUUUGAUGACGGCAGACGGCACGCAAUCGCACAUCAAUCUCGGUGGGAACAUGAUCUGCAAUCAGUAGGGUUUGGACAUGUCGAUUGGACAGACGGCAAUAAUCGCGAAGUCAAUAUCGAGCGUAUCAUCAUUGCGCUCGCUUCCGGGCAGAGGUACGCUCGCUCAGAUGUAACCCCAGUCGCUACUAAGAUUCGAGAGACUGACUUCACGGCUCGCCAAGCAGUUAUUGACCGCUAUGUAAAAACGAAUGUUUCCGGCUUCAAGAUGGCUAGUAUAUCUGCCCAGGCCGUCCAGUCUACUGCGAAACAUCGAUGCGUUCUGAUAACCGGAGCUACAGGGAGCCUAGGUUCACAUUGUGUGGCGUAUUUCGCGAAUUUGGAAGGUGUGACAAAGGUCGUGUGUGUAAAUCGUCAGAGUAGUGGUAUUACCCCCGAAGCACGACAACUUCGAGCCCUCGAGUCUCGAGGUAUUCAUCUGAGCAGCACCGAGCUUGCAAAGUUGAGCGUUUUCGGGACCGACUGUACCAAACCCUAUCUUGGAUUGCCCAAUGAUGUGUACGAAGAGCUUACAGGUAGCGUAACGCACAUUCUCCACAACGCAUGGCCGAUGAGUGCUAGGCGGCCGGUUGAAGGCUUUAUGUCCCAGUUCCGCGUCAUGCGCAACUUGGUGGAUUUUGCUGCUGAGAGCUCAGGCAAAAACUUGUCCAAAAUAAGCUUUCAGUUUGUCUCUUCUAUUGCGACCGUAGGUCGCUAUCCCAUUUGGAAAAGUACUGUCAAUGUCCCAGAGGAAAGGAUGACCGUCGAGGCUGUCUUGCCGAAUGGAUAUGGAGAUGCGAAAUUCGUUUGUGAACGAAUACUCGAUGAGACUCUGCACAAGCAUGACGACCAUUUUCGAGCUAUGGUUGUACGCCCCGGUCAAAUCGCAGGUUCCAUGGAGAGCGGAUACUGGAAUCAUCAGGAGCAUCUGCCAUUUAUUCUCAAAUCCGCCCAGGUCCUAAAGGCAUUUCCUGACUUCACAGGGUUAAUGUCUUGGACACCUGUCGACCAUGUGGCCGCUACGCUUGGUGAGCUUUUGCUCGCGGAUAACGACCCGUAUCCAUUCUAUCACAUCGAUAACCCGGUACGACAGCCAUGGAAGGAUAUGAUCCCAGUAUUGACAGACGCGCUCAAUAUUCCACACACUAAUGUGCUCUCUCCGGAGGACUGGUUUCUGCGCGUUCGAACGUUUACAGGAUCUGAGCUGGAAAACCCUGCCAUGAAGCUGAUUGAGUUUCUAGAUGAUAACUUUAUACGUAUGAGCUGUGGCGGUUUGCUGCUGAAUACAACAAAUUGCCGGGAGCAUUCCAACACACUAGCUGCUGUUGGGCCAGUUGCCGCUGCUAUCGCAAGGAAGUAUAUCGCGGCGUGGAAAUCGGUGGGGUUUCUGCGCUGA